AGUACUACAAUAUCCAUCCCUGCGUGUUCCGAGUCGCUCGCACAUUUGAAAAUGUUGCUUCAACAAAUUUAGUAGUGUGGAAAUUUAAUAAGGUAUUAUAAAUAAUAAGCCAGUGGAAUGGAGAACAAUACAAAGUCAGACAAAUCAUGGAAAGGUGAUCCCAAAGACUGGGCCAAGGCAAUUAAACCGUUGGAUGAAAAAUGGAAGCUGGUUCCAGCUUUUCUGCAGGUUAAAGGUUUAGUGAAACAACACAUUGAUUCGUUCAAUCAUUUUGUUAAUGUGGAUAUUAAGAAAAUUGUGCAGGCAAAUGAGACGGUUGUUAGUGAUGCCGAUCCAAUGUUCUACUUGAAAUAUUUGGACGUACGUGUAGGUACACCUGAUAUAGAAGAUGGGUUCAAUAUAACGAAACCAACAACGCCACAUGAGUGUCGACUUCGAGACACAACCUACUCGGCUCCCAUAACUGUAGACAUUGAAUAUACUCGUGGAGCACAACGAAUUGUUAGAAAUAAUUUAUUGAUUGGAAGAAUGCCGGUCAUGCUGCGAUCGUCGAACUGUGUUUUGUCGGGAAAGUCAGAGUUUGAGUUGGCCAAGUUGAACGAAUGUCCCUUAGAUCCCGGUGGUUAUUUUGUUGUUCGAGGUCAAGAAAAAGUCAUUUUAAUUCAGGAACAAUUAUCGUGGAAUAAAAUGAUUACAGAGGAAUUUAACGGUACGGUACAGUGUCAGGUAACUUCGUCCACACAUGAAAAGAAAUCGCGAACUUUGGUUUUAAGUAAACAUGGUAAAUACUACUUAAAACACAACUCCAUGGUUGAUGACAUACCGAUCGUCGUAAUAUUUAAAGCUAUGGGAGUGGUAUCUGACUUGGAAAUAAUGUCGUUAAUCGGCACAAGUACCGAAACUCAAAACCGUUUUGCACCCUCACUUUUAGAAGCUUUUAAUUUAAAGAUAUUCACCCAACAAAGAGCUUUAGAGUAUAUGGGCUCAAAGUUGAUGGUGAAACGAUUUCAAACGGCUGCCUCCAAAACGCCAGCGGAUGAGGCCAGAGAAUUAUUGACUACUACGAUAUUAGCCCAUGUCCCAGUUGACAAUUUCAACUUUCAAAUUAAAUCGAUUUAUGUUUCGCUCAUGAUAAGACGUGUAAUGGCUGCCGAACUUGAUAGCUCAGCCGUCGAUGACAGAGAUUAUUACGGCAACAAGCGACUAGAACUGGCCGGAUCUCUAAUUUCUUUGAUGUUUGAAGAUCUUUUCAAGCGCAUGAACUGGGAGUUGAAAAUGAUUGCGGACAAAAAUAUACCAAAAGUUAAAGCGGCUCAAUUUGAUGUUGUAAAACACAUCAGGGCAGCUCAAAUCACAGUGGGCCUUGAGUCUGCUAUUUCCUCCGGCAACUGGACAAUCAAACGUUUCAAAAUGGAAAGAGCUGGAGUAACACAGGUCUUAUCAAGACUUAGCUAUAUUUCUGCCCUCGGAAUGAUGACUAGAGUAAAUUCACAAUUUGAAAAAACAAGAAAGGUAUCUGGUCCUCGUUCACUGCAGCCCAGUCAAUGGGGUAUGCUUUGUCCCUCAGAUACUCCUGAGGGUGAGGCUUGUGGUUUAGUGAAAAAUUUGGCAUUAAUGACUCACAUCACUACGGAAGUCGAAGAAGAACCCGUAGUACGGCUGGCUUUUAACGCUGGUGUAGAAGACAUUCGUCUUGUAGGAGGAGAUGCAAUUAACAAUUCUAAGGUAUUUCUUGUCUUUAUUAAUGGUAACAUUUUGGGAUUAACCAUAAGUUACAAACGUCUGGUCGAAGUUUUUCGUAUGAUGCGUCGCAAAGGUCGACUUGGUCCAUUCGUAUCAAUUCACACAUCUCACACUCAACGUUGUGUCUAUAUCCAUACCGACGGUGGUCGUCUAUGUCGACCUUAUAUUAUUGUACGAAGGGGUCUACCAGCUGUUAAGCAACACCACAUUGAGGAGCUUAAGAGGGGCAUACGAAAAUUUGAAGACUUUCUGCACGACGGCUUAGUCGAAUAUCUUGAUGUGAACGAAGAAAACGAUUCCUUUAUUGCAUGGAAUGAAAACGGUAUAGACCCAGACACCACAACACACUUAGAAAUUGAACCAUUUACGCUUCUAGGCGUAUGUGCCGGUUUAGUUCCUUAUCCACAUCAUAACCAAAGUCCCCGUAAUACCUAUCAAUGUGCUAUGGGAAAGCAGGCUAUGGGAGUUAUUGGAUACAAUCAGAAGAAUAGAAUUGAUACAUUGAUGUACAAUUUGGUAUAUCCGCAAGCGCCGAUGGUUAAAUCGAAAACCAUAGAGCUAACAGGAUUCGACAAAUUGCCAGCAGGACAGAACGCGACUGUAGCUGUAAUGAGCUAUUCCGGUUAUGAUAUCGAAGAUGCAUUGAUUUUAAACAAGGCAUCUAUAGAUCGUGGAUAUGGACGUUGUCUUAUAUACAAGAAUUCAAAAUGUACCGUCAAACGGUAUGCUAACCAAACAUACGAUCGCAUUAUGGGACCUAUGAAAGAUGCUCUAACCAAUAAAGUGAUAUUUAAACACGAUGCUUUAGACACAGAUGGUAUUGUGGCACCUGGGGAAAUGGUAGUAAAUAAGCAAAUUCUGAUAAACAAGGAAAUGCCGGCUGUCACUUCCAUAAAUCCAAUUGAACAAACAGGUCAAGCAUCUCAGAUAUCAUACACUGCCGUUCCAAUAUCAUAUAAAGGUCCUGAACCCAGUUAUAUUGAGAAAGUUAUGGUUUCUGCUAAUGGCGAGGAAGACUUUCUCAUCAAAAUUCUACUGCGACAAACAAGAAGACCAGAAAUUGGCGACAAAUUCAGUUCUCGUCAUGGUCAAAAAGGUGUUACCGGUCUUAUAGUUGAUCAGGAAGAUUUGCCAUUUAAUGAUUUCGGUAUAUGUCCUGACAUGAUUAUGAAUCCUCAUGGCUUCCCCUCUCGCAUGACAGUUGGCAAAUCGUUGGAGCUAUUAGGAGGAAAAGCCGGUCUGUUGGAGGGAAAAUUUCACUAUGGUACGGCAUUCGGUGGCUCAAAGUGUAAAGAUAUUCAGGACGAACUUUUUAAGCAUGGCUUUAAUUAUAUGGGUAAAGACUAUUUUUACUCCGGUAUAACAGGUGAAAGUCUUGAAGCUUACAUAUACUCUGGUCCUGUUUACUAUCAGAAACUUAAGCACAUGGUGCAAGAUAAAAUGCAUGCUCGAGCUCGAGGACCUAAAGCCGUGCUGACGCGACAGCCCACACAGGGAAGAAGUCGCGAGGGUGGUUUACGUUUAGGUGAAAUGGAACGUGAUUGUCUGAUAUCAUAUGGAGCCAGCAUGUUGAUCAUGGAACGCCUAAUGAUUUCAUCUGAUGCCUUUGAUGUUGAUGUAUGUAAAACUUGUGGCCGUUUGGCAUAUUGUUCAUGGUGUCAUUAUUGUCAAUCGUCGGCCAAUGUUUCCAAAAUAUCUAUGCCCUAUGCAUGUAAAUUACUCUUUCAAGAACUGACAAGUAUGAAUGUUGUUCCAAAACUAAAGCUACAAAAUUAUUAAGAUUUUGUAAUGAUGUAAAUUAUAAUAAAAUAACAAAAACAAUUUUAAUUGACAAUUAAUUUAG